AUGGUCACACUUUUGGGGGUUUAUGAGAUAAAUAAUGCUAGUAUGAUUCAAAUUCUGCAAUCAACUGAUCGAUCAAAGAAAAGAGGUGGUUCUGUUGUAGGACAUAAGUACAUACGUCGUGAUAGAUGGAAGGGUCAUGAACGAUUGUUCGCUGAUUAUUUUGCGGCAAAUCCAGUUUAUUCACUUGUAACAUUUUGGAGACGUUUUCGUAUGCGUCGUCCUUUGUAUCUGCGAAUUUUGAAUGCUAUUGAAGCACACGAUCCAUAUUUUGUUCAAAAACAAAAUGUAGCUCAUAUUCUUGGAUUGUCUCCCUUACAAAAGAUGACUUCAGCAAUGAGAAUAUUGUCAUAUAAAGUGGUAGCAGAUGCAAUUGAUGAUUAUAUACGUAUUGGGGAAAGCAUUGCAAUUCAAAGUUUGCAACACUUUUGUAAUUCAAUGAUUGAAAUCUUUGGACCAGAAUACCUGAGAUCUCCAACAUCAAUUGAUAUUGCUUGA